AUGGCACCUACAUUUUCUAGAGCCAUUAUUGAGGAUGCCAUGGAGUUCUUAACUACCUGUCAGGAGAAGCUCCAUUCAUUAGGUCUUAUGGAUUCCAGAGGUGCUGACUUCACCGCUCACCAGUUCAGAAGGGCAGCCAAGCAGUGGUGGACAUCAAUGUCUAAAGAAGGUAUCAGGGUAGAUUCGGUGAAGAUUGAGGUUAUUUGUGGUAGGGCUAGGCCCAUAUCUGUUACAAAGAUUCAGAGCUUCAUUGGAUUGGCUGGGUAUUAUAGAUGCUUCAUUGAGGGUUUCUCAACCAUUGCAGCCCAAUUGACCCAUUUGACAUGCGAAGAUGUUCCCUUUGUGUGGUCUGAGGAAUGUGAGUUAAGCUUUUAUAAGCUUAUGGAGUUGCUCACCACUGCUCCUAUUCUAACUCUUCCAGUUGAGAGAGAGAUCUUUUUGUUGAGAAAGCACGAGCGCAACUACCCCACUCAUGACCUGGAGUUGGCAAUGGUUCUGGAGAAUAUGUUGGGAGCUUGUGUAUUAGAUUUUGAGGAUUAUUGGGAGCAGUACUUGCCUUUGGCGGAGUUUGUGUACAACAACAACUACCACUCUAGUGUUUAG